CUGAGAAGUUCAGGGAACUUGUUGGAAAAGAAGCUGCAUCCAAAAGUGGUGAGUUUACAUUUUUGAACUGCUUUGACAUGGGCUCUGGAAGCCUUGCUUGUGGGGCCAAAGAAGGCGUCAAACUCUAUGUCUACAACGUCCGAAGUGCUCAUGUGGAGAAAGUAAGGCAGCGAGCCACUGAGGCUGCACUAACUGAUGCGUUGAAGGAAGGGUUGAGUGUAAGUGAUGCAGCAAAGCAGGCACAAAAAGUUGGAGCAAAAGCUGCAAAGUUGGCUUCCAGACAGGCCAAGCGCAUUUUGGGUCCUAUUAUAUCCUCAGGCUGGGACUUCUUUGAAGCCAUAUACUUUGGGGGCACCAUGACAGAGGGAUUUCUCAGAGGGACUGGCACCUUGUUUGGGACCUAUGCAGGAGGGUUUCAUGGAGAACAAAGGCUGGGUAGGUUGGGUUAUCUUAUGGGAAGCCAUCUGGGUAGUUGGGUUGGAGGAAGGAUAGGAUUGAUGGUAUAUGAUAUCGUAAAUGGAGUGAAUUAUUUACUUCAGUUUGUCCAACCGGAAGAAAACAUAAACUCCAUUAUUGCUGAUGAAGAUUCUGGUUCUGAAGAUACAGAUGAAACAGAAGAACACGUUCACUAUGGAAGUCCAAGUGAGGAAGCUGGUUAUUAUGAAACCCCACAAGGGGAAACACAGGAGACUGAAGCCUCAGGGGGUUGGGGUUUAUUUUAGAUGAUUAACCAAAUGAGAUGCUAAUGAUUGUUGUGACAUAUGUAGCAAUUUCCAUUUUCAUGUUUCUUACUGUAAUUAUUGGUGCAGCAGUGUUGAAUAUAUUUUGUUUUGGGUUUAUCAGUGAUGCAUCAGGUCACCGGAGAAAGAAAUAUUUUAUUACGUGUUGGAUAGCACGAGUAGAAUUCCUUAACGAUUUUAGAUACAACAUCUUAAUAUUAUAGGUCGAUA